AUGUUUGUUGCUAGUGUUGAGCUUGGCGAAGUGCUUAUAGACCGGCCAUCUUAUAUUAACGACAACCGUAUAUAUAUGACAUAUGCGAAGUUCGUCCUCGACUGCACUCAUCCACCUUAUGGUCAUUUCGUAAGUACUGGACUGAUAGAAUCGGUUCAUCCUCAAUAUCAAGUUGAAGCGAUGAUGAUUUUGAGAAACAGAAAAGAGCGAGAACGUCAGGACGAUUGUGCAGAUCUUGACGUCCCGAUUCAAAAGAAAUGUACAACAGCAAUAUGCAUAGAUGUUUACCCGUCAGGAUCGGAAUUUAUUGUUGAAUGCUACAGCAUUAAGAACAGAGAACUGUAUAAAUUUCGGACCGAACAUAAGGAAUUAAGACAAACGUGGGAAUUAGCAACUGCAUGCAUCAUGAAAGCUAUAGUGGCAAAAUAUUCUGGGCGGAGCAUUUCGGUAGAGUUUUACCAAGUGCUGAAUGUGGUACAGUUGAUCGGCACAGAAUUUACUGGACAUAUGGUGUGCCUUGAUUCGGAUGCUGAUUCAACGGAUAUUAAUUUUCAAAUUUGCGGCUUACUAAAGCCAGUAACUGAUGAACAAACGAUUCGCAGAUGCCAAAAACAGUUGUUGAAAGAGGAGGACGAGCUUUAUCAGCUACAUCAGCGUAAAUUGAUCGCUGAGCAAUACUCAGCUUAUGAAAAACUGGGACAGCCGUCAUUUGUACAAGUGCUUCCAUGUCCUAGAGAUCUGAUCAGAGGGAAUGGCAUGUGCGCGGACCCAAAUCAAGUUCCAAAACUCACUCACAAAAAACGGCUAAGCACUUAUAUGAGCAUGGGCUCUGAACGGCAAUUGAUGUUGGUCACUAAGGUAGCGAAAAAUAUGUCGGAAGCAUGGAGCCGCAUUCACGGUCGAGUCAUGUUACCAGAUCUUCGUGUGAGAGAGAAUGGAAUUUUUCUUCGACGAGGACACUGGUUUUAUGGGGCAAUAAGCUUUUCGAAUUUAUGUCCUAAUGGAGAACCUAUUUUUCGGGUUAAAAAAGUCGAGUGCUUGUCAGAGCCUCUUGCUUACACCAAGAUUGAACUAGAAGUGGAUGGAGCACCAGUGAAAGUACUGAAAGAAGAGUCAAAUAUUAUUAUCGAGAAUGAUUCGGUGGGAAAAAUUAAGAUGAGUUUGGAUGAAUAUUCUAGAAUCUCCGAGUCGCGCAAAAGCUUGGUUGAUGACAAAGGGAAUACUACUCGUCCAGAGCUGCUGAAGUGUGCGCCUGAUGUUAUUGACUCUUCCAUAAUCGGCUUAGUACUGAAUCCAUCCAUAAAUACUAGACUGAACGAGUGA